GGGCGUGCCGGUGGCUGGUUGCCACUGCGCACAUCAUGUCACUUCCUUGUUCUCCUGUGAAAAACUUUCACGGAAGCGACUAGUCCGAACAGCGACUUCACUCCGCCAACGAGCCGUGCUAACGUUAAAUGUCGGAGCCAAACAAGUAGUUCCUCAAACAAAGCUCCGAGCUGACGGACGGUUUGCAGCCAUGGCUGACAGCCGGGAAGAAGAGAGAAAAGAAGGAGACCAGGAGCCGCAGGGCGCCGUUGGUGGGGAAGAUGUCAUUGAUGAUCCCAUCCUGGAGCAAGGGGCAGUGGUCCUCAGAGGAUACGUGAUUGAGCGCAUAAACACACAGGACCCUGGUCGACAAGUCCGCUCUGAGGAUCUGGGAGGACGGCCCAAUGAACAACAGGAUCCACAAAUCAAGGAAGUGGUGGAACAGCUUCUCAGGAUUGCAGAUGAUUUGAACAGGAACGCAGAGCUUCAACUAUUGAUCAACCAGGUUCAAGGUAACUGUGCUCGUGACAUCUUCAUGAAGGUGGCCAGGAGUAUCUUUGCUGAUGGAAUCAACUGGGGUAGAGUGGUGGCUCUCUUCCAUCUGACCUACAGACUCAUAUACAAGGCACUGACCACCAACCAUUUAGAGAACAUCAGAAUGGUCAUCAGUUGGGUUCUCGAGGUCAUCAGAGAGAAGCUUUACUCCUGGCUAGUACAACAGGGAGGCUGGGAGGGGGUGAUCCAUGGCUUUUCUCGGUGGAGAACAGUAGCAAUAGUAGCCUCGGUUGUACUGGUGGCAACCAUUGUUUACUACAGGAAGACACGCUGAGACCAUCAGACCUCAAAAUCUUCCACCCUGGGCUGCAGUCCCAUCUCUUGGAUGGAUGCAGGGUGUUAACAAAGACACUUUCUAAACAUGAAUAACAACCACUCCUUAACCUCCAAUUCAUUCCGCAGAGGAGGUCAAGUGCUGUAACUAGAGGUGGGAAAAGCUUCACUCUUCUCAAGUUUACAAGCACAACAAGUGCAUUUACAACCAGCGGAUGAUGGUGUAAUUAACAUUGGACAUAAGAGUAAAUAUCAUUAAUCAGACCUGACCCUACCUAGAAAAGGUCUCAGGUCCAUUCGUUAUGGUUAGUUUUGGGUGGAAUCCACCUUGAGUUUCUGCAGGUCUUGGGUUCUGAGGAAAAUUUGGAUUAGUCCUGAAGACCUGAAAAAGCAAAAUAUGCUGCGUCGUAAUCAAGUGAUUCAAAAGUCCACCAAGACUGAAUUGAUUGUACUGUAGGCCCUUCAUGUUAAUGUUUGCCUGAAAUUUUAAUGACGUAUUAUGGCUAUGAGACAGGCAUGUUUUCACUUGAGUAAAUAGGCCUUGUCAAGCUCAGGUAGAUAGUCAGUACAGCCACGGCUUGGGACAACCCCUCAAAAUAGAAAAGAUUUGCUAAGUUACUUAGAUUAAAGUUCACACUAAUGUUUUUUUGUUUGUUUUUUUAUAUAAUAACCUUGAUUAUCCUUGAUAAUAAUCCUUGUUUCCAUUUCUUUGAUAUAGAAACAGGGACUAUUGCAACUAUUCCUUAAGUUCAUAUUAUGGCCAUGAGUUUGAAUAUUUUCCAUGUAUUUCUUGAACUUGAUGAACAGCGCCUCAUUGUUGCAGUAGACCUUUUUCACAGCAGACACUUUGGAAUGUCAUAGCAUAAAAAACAACAUCUAUGAUGGGUUUUUACCAUUUAGUUUGACCAAAUCAAGGGCCGUUAUUCAUUUCAUUAGUUGGGCAUUGGACUUCUCAUUGUGAGUCAAAUUUCUGCACAAAAAAAAGGCAAUUUCCAACAAAGUACAGUGUCAAGUUGCUGGAAGAAUCUAAUACUAUUAUCUGUAGUGACAGAAUUUAAAAUGCAUUUUGUGUUUCUGCAGAGUGAGAUUUCACUCAUUUAAGCUCAGUUGUGGGAUGUUUCACUGAAAUAUAUCUCUUGAUUUUUCACCUCAAGCUUUUAUGUACACUGUCCUGAAUCUUUAUUUAAAAAAAGAAGAGAGCUUUAAACAGAUAUUUUCUACUGAUAUGCUUCAUUUAACAGUCUAAUUGAUCUUAUCUAUGUCCCAAACUGGAUGCAGGAUGUGAUGAAGUUGCUCCGUUUCAGACAGACAGUAACAUUUUCACUUUAUUCCUGUUGUUGAUUGUGAGUCCCUUGGUUAUCUAUCUAUUGUCUUUGGUCAGGUGACUGACUGUCACUGUAUUGUGAAUACAUCUGAAUUAUCAAGGGUGACUCUCUAAAACUGUUGUCAUGUUUUCUGCAAAAAAAACCAAUUCAGUCAGUAGGUAUGAAGUGAAGUGCUAAGUCGCUAAUCUCUGUUACCUCUGUCUUUCUAUGGCAAUUUCCAAUUUGCAUGUGAAUGUUGUUGAUCACUCAACACAUGACAAAUAGUUCAGUUGUGAGACGCAUGCAUGAGUAUAACAGAGUAAUCUGACUGAUGAACUGGAAAGUGCUGUUUACAGGGGUUAGAGGAUGUGUAACCCACCUUCAUUUUGUCUUCAUGCAGUUGCCUGACCACAGAAACGAAGAAGUCAGUGAUGCCACACAAUUAAAAUAUUAAAUAACAAGAGCCAUAUGAUAAUGAACAAACUUCAACUACUGAUAGAAAACAGAGAAACCACAAUAACUGUUGAAUAACUGUCAAAAUGUCAGAUGUGCCUUAACACUUUGUUGAUUGACAUCUAAUAGUCCUCUCCUUCAUUUGUCAAAAUGAAGAGUCAAUGUUUUUUCCCCCCCACUUCUCUACCACUGUGAAUGUUGAUACUCUGGCAAACAAUCUGAAAAUGCUCAUGUGGAUGCAGUUUCUUCUUUUGUCACAUGUGAGCAGUGACAUUAUCAGAUGUCUCAUUAUUGAGGCCUGAGCUGAGAUGGUUAAUUGUUGCUCAUUGUAAAAGUUGUAUUACAAUAUUGCAGUUCAGUACUCCUCCAGCAUCACAGCCUAUUUUUAUACAAGAGACCGUUUCAGUGGAAGAACUACUCUGUUGGUGAAGCUAAUUAUUUAAAGCUUUGCUUCAGACGCACUGCAGUGUGUGAGGGGUAGAAUAGCUUUAUAUGAGAACAGUGAGUAGCUUUCAGAACACCAAGUUGCUGUUAUUUAGUACACAUAAUCUUAUGUCCAAUUUUUUUGCUACCAUGUUGUGCAAUCUCACAAGGGUAUGACAUUAUUUAUCUGCUAUCCUAUGGUGCUUUUUGAAAUAGCUGGUGAUAAUUUUGAUUCAACUUUAAACUGGUGAUAACUUUAUGAGAAACCCUUUUGAAUGGACUCUAUUUUUGUAAAUAUAUUUUAAAUGAAUUAUACCACUCAGGGUAUGGGAUAUGUGGUAAGUCAUAAGAAGCUGCAUGUGGAAGUCAUGGAGCUGUCGAAUGGCGAAAACUCCUAAAGAUCUUGAUGUAGGUGUAUGUUUAAAUAAAAUCAGAAGUUCUUGUCAUUAAA